GAAAAAAAUUAAAAGAAAAGAUUAUCGAAAUAUAGCUAUUUAUUUAUUUAUUAAUAAAAAGUAGAAGUAAAAUAAUAUUUAGAUAGAUCUUUAGAAUAGCUUAGAUUAGAAAAUGAUUUACCAAAAAAAUUCUGAAAAAGCAAAUGCUAAAGUAGAAUAAAGUUCAUUUUUAGAUAAUAAAAUUAUGGUGUAAAUGCAUAUGAGUGAUGAUUAAGCACUUCGAGAUAUUCCAAAAAGAAAAGAAACCAUUAUAGAAUCAGAGAAGAUGGCAGCAUCUUCAUUGAAUAAUUCAAUAAAACCUAUUAGCAAGAGAGUAAUAAAUGAUUAAAAAUCAAACUACAACAAGCAUGCAAACCUUAAUAACAAAAAUAAAAAUGAACUUGAUUUGAUUUUAAAUAAUAAAAUAAAUGUCAGCGAUUAUCAAGAUCAUAUGUCCGAGCAGCUACGCUAGUCAUCAUUUUUUAUAGACUCGCCUUAAAAGAAAUAGAGUUUUGCUUUUUAAUAAGCACAAUAAACAAAACAAUAGAAUGAAUAGCAAUACACUUUUAGUAACCACGCUAGUGUGAUUGAUGACGGUGUACUUAUUCUCAAUAAUAUAAACUACUAAUUGUAAAAACUUUAAAAUGAGCCUAUUAAAAAAUAAGCCAGUUAAAUUUAAGAAGUAAAUGAAAAUACUAGCAAUUAACGAGACAUAACCAUCCAUUCCAAAUUCACUCAAAACAUUAGCGAAGCAUACUAAUUGAAGUCUUUUAAAAAAAAAGAAAAAAAUACUUUCUAGCUUAUUAAAUUUCAUAUAAUUAAUUAUAUUUUUUAGAGAACUUUGUUUGGAAAAACUAAACAGCUGUCAAGCCAAAUAAGAAAACAAAUAGGAGAUUUAUCAGAUAAUUUUGAUGAUUUUACUAAUAAUUAGUCAGAUGGAAUUAAUUUGAGCAAAGAGAAAGACAAUAAAUAAUUAAAAAAGAUCAAAUUGUUUCCUUUGUUCCUUAACUGGGUAAAAAAUCUUAUUGAAAUAGCUUUUAAUGAGAAUAGUUUAUCAUUUAUUUUAUAUACUAUUAUUAUAACAUCUUGGAAUAUAAUCUAUCUGUAUAUAUCUUCUUUGUAAAUAAUAUUCGAUGUCCUGAGCUCUUCCAAAUUACAAAAUACCUUGAUGAUAUCAACUCUAUCAAUAUGGAUUAUAGAUUUAAUUGUGUAGCUAUUGAUUAUUACUUUAUAAAAAAAUGAAUUUCUGAAUAAAUAGCAUAAUUUUUUCUAAAAAAUAAUUGCUAGAAAAAUUCACAUAGAAAUUAUUCCAUUUAUUUUUGAAAUCGUGUACCUCGUACUCUUCUAAAAUUAAUAUAUGCGAAUUCCUCUACUAUUUAAAAUACUUACUGUAAAUAUAGCACUCGAUAAAAUCAAACUUUUUUUGCUUAAAACACUUAAAAAUAAUUACUUCAAAAUUGAUGUAAUUUUGUUAUUUUCAAAAUUACUAUUUUUCUUUCAUCUUAUCGCUUGUAUUUACUUCAUAAUUGCUUAAAUUUAAUCAAAAUCACUCAAACGAAGUUAUAGCUGGUUUGAUUCAAUAAAUGAACCAAAAUAGAAUGAUAAGAUUUUCUAAUAUUUCACAGCUUUUUAAUGGGCUUAUUUUUUUGGCAAAAUGUCUUCAGAUAGAUAUGGAAGUUAAGAUCAAUUCCAACUAUUCCUUUAAUCUUUUUGGUCAAUUUUUUCAAUAUUGAUUUUUGCAUAUGUGUUUGCUAGCUUAAAAAAUAUACUUAAAAGUUAUUACCAAAGAGUUCAAAAUUAUACACAAGAUUUAAAAGCUCUUUGCAGCUAUUCAAGUUACAGCAAUAUUACUUUAUCUUUACUUCAGGAAAUGGCUGAAGAUAUGCACAAAAAGUUCCAAUAAAAGUAAGAAGAAGAAAUAUGGUAAGAAGAUUAAAUUCUUUCUAAAUUGAAUAAACCGCUUUAGUAGGCUCUCAUGGAUUAAUCUAAGAUUCAGAUUCUCAAAAAAUAUCCUUGCUUUUGGCAAAUUUUUUCUAAUAAAAUAAAUAAACAAAUACCUCAUAUAAUGUUGACAGAAUUUUAUAAUGAGGGAUAGAUCAUCGAACCUUUAAAACAAUCAGAUUGCUAUUUUUAUCUUUUAUUGCAAGGAUAAGCUGAAAUUUACGUGAAAAGUAACUUUGUAAGUAAUACACACCUUCCUGAAGAAAGCAAAAAAGUUGAUAUUUAGAGGAUUUUAAAAGGAUACUCCCAGAUAGAUAAUUCAUCAUAUAGUGAUUGUCCCUUUUAAGAAGAACAAAAUCAUAAAGAAAAAUCUGCUAAAACGCUAGUGAGUGGAGAGUUUUUUGGUACAACAGAAUUAAUAACAGGAAUUAAAUAAGAUUACUUUGUCAAAUGCACCAAAAAUUCUAUUUUCAUAAAGAUUAAAAGACUUGAAUUGCUUGAAAUUAUAAAAAAAAAUGACAGAGAUUACCAAAUAUUUAUGGAAAUGAAGGACAGAAUUAUAAACACUCAGAGGUACUAAUUUUUGGGAGAAAAAUGUAUUUUUUGCCACAGUAAAGAUCACCUCUUUUCAAAUUGUGGAAUGGUUAAUAUUGACAAAUCUUCCUCACUUGCAUUCAUGAAAUCUGUACAAUCUCAAGAAUAAACAAGAAAUAGCUAGUACUAGAGGAAGAGAAAGCUAAAAACUUAAUUCAUUUACAUUGAAGGCGAUGAAGAACAAUCUUAAAGCAAUAUGACUUUAGAAGAUACCAUAGACAGAAUAAACUCUUUGAAAGACUAACUUUAAGUGAAUACAAAUUUAAUGAAUUAGCAGUAUAUACAAAGCUUAGAAGAUAAUGUCCUACCUGAUCUUUAACAAGUUAUGAUAUCUUAGCAUUCGCUUAAUAGCUCUAACAUAUAAAUUCCAUUAAAAUAAAGAAGAUCUAUUUCUUUUACAACACAUUCUUAUAAGUAAGAAUAAGACGUAAGAAGUGAGAAUACAUAUAUGAUGCCAUCUGUAGAAGACGGUAUUUCAUAUUAAUCUGAAAUAUACAGAGAUCCUUCAUCUCGUACUUUAGAUAAAAAUAAACAAAGCAAAUUAAGUGUAAAUACUCCUUUAAAGCGCUAUUCGGAGAGUAAUUUUACUCAUAAAGACUCUGCUUAACAAGAUACUAUAAGCACUAAGAAUGAAAAAUUGGAUUAACUUUAUCCAUCUUCGAUAUAGAAUAGUUCACUAAUUGACUUCUAAGCUGAUAAAAAAUUAAAUAAGAGCUAGUUUGCUAAUAAAAGAAAGAGUGUCUCAGUAAUGUGGAAAGAUUCUAACUAUAAUUAUGGAUCACUAAAAAAUCUUAAUUUCACAAUUAACUAAGCUUUACAAACACUAGAUACAUGUUAAGAUAAAUGGAAAUUUGAUUUUGUCAAAGAAUUCAAAUACUACUACCCAAGAUAUAACAUUUCUAACAUUUUGAAUAAGUUUUCUGUGAUAUAGACUACAUAAAAAAUAAUACAAAAAAGCAAAUAGAAGCGCAGUAUUUUUGAAAUUUAACCUUCUACUAACUGAAUAUUAAGUAAAAGUGGAUAUUUAAUUUCCUUUUAAAAGAAUAUUCAGACCAUAUUAAAAUCUUCGAAAUGUUUUCAUUUUAAAAGUAAAUUAUUUUAUAAGGAGUUAAACUGAAUAUUAUACUUCAAUAGCUAUUUAUUAUUCCUUUAAUUUGCUAUUUUCAUAUGUAAUGAACCGAAAU